AUGAUAUUUCCUGCAUUUGUUGCAAACCUGGAGGACAUGUACGGUAGUAGCUCUUCAAGCUCCGGAGGACCCUACCAGAUCUCAGACCAAGUCGUUGACAUAGGGUUCCCUCAAAUCAUGCAAUUGACCUGGACUCCAUCCCCCUCUACAAUGGCUCUCUUCGUCUCUGAACCCGGUUCUCAUACUCUCUAUGCAGUCUGCAUGCCUCGCGGUUGGCAAGGUCCGACAUAUCUCUUCCCAGGGUCAAGCAUUGCUGGGGAUCCGAUAUCGUCUGGAAUCAGAUCCAACGACGGGUUCAUCUUUCAACUCCCCGGAAUACCUAGUUACAACACUCCCUCCAGCCAAGUCACUAUGAGCUACCAUCGUUCGCGGUCUAAUCCUCGAUACAGUUUCUCGAUGAGUGUUGAACAUGGUGCAAGUCGCAGAACAGAGUCGUUCGAGUGGCGUAUCUCAUCAGAAGCUCAGAGAAGCCCUUACAGCAUGGUAUGGCAGCUCGUAUCGCUAGGGCGCACAAGCAGAUCUAGCUCAACCCGCUCCCGAAGUUCUGAAGUUGUUGCAAUGAUACACGAAGACAAUACUGCUUCAGGAUCAGCGUCUGCCCAAAGGUCGGGAGGCUUCCAAUUUCUGGGCAGGGCAGCCACAGGUUCAAUGGGAUAUCACUGGACUGUCACAGCUUUGAUGAGCAGUGUAGCAAUUCUGCAGGAUACCAGCCGGGAGUGGCACGAAUAA